UCCAAACCGGAGGCAGGCAAUUAGUGUCAUGAAUUAUGGCCAGAAAGAGGAUGUUUCCGGCGCGGAGGAGAGCUCCUACCUGGGGGCAGGUGAUAAAAAAGGGGGUGGGAAUUUGGAAGGAUGCACUCCAAGGGAUGCUCGGGCAUGUCGCUGUCCGUUUACAUUCGCCAUGUCUCCAGAGCAAGGAGACGCUAACGGGACGUCUGUCUCGCCGGAGAACCGUCCAUCGGAAGUGAAGGGAAACAACAAACGACCGGGACGUUCCGAGUCCCGUCGCGCGGCGGCGAAUGUCCGCGAGCGCAAGCGGGUUCUGGACUACAACCGGGCGUUCAAUGCGCUGCGGGCGGCUCUGCGGCACCAGGCUGGCGGGAAGCGGCUCUCCAAGAUCGCUACCUUGCGCCGGGCCAUCCGUCACAUCGCCGACCUUUCCAGGGCUUUGUGCGCAGAACACCGCCAAUCAACUCCGGGGCACAAUCCGCACGGUGACGGGCCUCCGGAAGGCGGACAGUACUUUUCGGGACCUUCCUCCCAACGCUGUUAUGAUGACAACCACGACUACGAAGCCCGGUGCUCAUCUUGCGCUGAUGGGUGCUCAAUGAAGUGUGCAAGUGGCGUGCAAAGCCGGCACACUUUCCUUUGGGAAUGCAGGUAUUUCUAAAUGAGGACGCACCUUCCUGACCGUCCUGAUUUGAACCCAUGGCCAGCUGCAACAGGAUAAAAACAUCAUCAAUGGGACCUUCGUCUCACCGAACUUUCAGGCUUCUGCAAGAGAUUAAUGCAAGCAAGGACUUGUAGGCUUUUCUGAACUGUCCAGCUCAUCACAGAUUCUCAGGCCUCUGCUAAGCUAGAAGUGGGGCAAAAACUACUGUUGUCCCAUGGAGAGUGAGUGGGCCAAAGCUACUGUUGUCAUGAAGAGUAUGAGGUAAACCUCUGUGUGAGAGAAACUUCGUGUGAGAAAGCUCUAGUGUGAAGGAUACUGCCUGUACGAGCCAGUGGGCCAAAGCUAGUGUUGUCCUGAGGAGAGCAAGUAGGCCGAAGCCUGCUAGUCAGUGGGCCAAAGCUGCUGUCGUCCUGAAGAGUGUGAGGUAAACCUCUGUGUGAGAGAACCCUCAUGUGAGAAAGCUCCAGUGUGAAGGCUACUGCCUGUACAAGCCAGUGGGCCAAAGUGAAUGUCAUCCAGAAGAGAGUGAGCAGGCUGAAGCCUGUUAGAGUCAGUGGGCUAAAACUAUUGUCGUCCUGAAGAGUGCGAGGUAAACCUCUGUGUGAGAGAACCCUCAUGUGAGAAAGCUCCAGUGUGAAGGCUACUGCCUAUACGAACCAGUGGGCCAAAGUGAAUGUCGUCCUGAAGAAAGUGAGCAGGCUGAAGCCUGUUAGAGUCAGUGGGCCAAAGCUAUUGUCGUCCUGAAGAGUGUGAGGGAAACCUCUGUGUAAG